AUGGCCUUGAAGAAAGAGGCCAGGUUGUGGUUCAAUGAGAAAGGAAGCAAUUUGGAUUCUGAAGAUGAUGAUGUAUAUGCCCAAGCCUCGGGUUGUUACCAUGUUACUUAUCAUCCAAGUUACCGGGAGUCUACAACGAGGGAAUGA